GACAAACGGGGAGCUAGCAAUACCUCCAAAGCAGAUAGAAUCAUGAAUUAUUGCAACACUCUUGAUCCUCCUCUGAACUGCACGAUGAACAUCAAUGGAGGAGUAAGCAGCUCACCAUGCUUCCAUGAUCAGCCCUCCAAGUCGUCAUCCGAAUCCUUUGAUGUCACCAUUGACACCCUGCCAAGUAGUAACUACUCUACUGAGGAUUCAUUUCUUCACCCCACGAGCCACAUCACGAACGUCGUUGGGACAUUGCUUCCGUACCCAAAUGGCACCGAACACUACUUCCCUAUCCAUGGCUGUCCUUCAGAUAAACUUAUUAGGCAGACAAUUCAUAAAAGCAAGCAUAGUGUUCCUUGUAUCCCCGAGUUGUUGAGCCGAACACCCACUUGGGCGGUCCCGAGCUUCUGGUUGGAUUCAAACUUUCCAGUCCUGGACUUCUCAAGUGAAGCUCCGGCGUCGAGUUGGAGUAGCUUCGAUCUCAGUGAUCACAUUAGGCAAAAUUUAUCAGCACCGAAGUCUCUAUGCACCUAUCCUCAUAAAAGAUUGCAAUACUCCGGUGACGGAACACGUGAGGGGAAGAGGGCAAACAGAUUGAUGGAGCUGAAGUCCCCUGGAUUUGAACCCAAGAAGUCCCGAUCAAACCCGUCACAUGCUUCUUGCCCUCCACUGAAGGUUAGGAAGGAGAAAUUGGGAGAUAGAGUUGCAGCUCUGCAGCAGUUGGUAGCCCCCUAUGGAAAGACGGACACAGCAUCGGUACUGACGGAGGCCAUAGGAUACAUUAAGUUCCUUCAGGACCAGGUCGAGGCACUCAGUUUACCUUACAUGAAGCACUCACACGUUUGGACGACUGACGAAAAAUUGGAAGGGGUUUUAAGAGAAGACAAUAAUGGAUCAAUAGAGUGGAAGGGAGAUCUAAGGAGGCAAGGGCUGUGUCUGGUGCCCCUAUCUUGCUUGUCUCACAUUGACUUUGACAGUUGUGGUGGACCCAUCUUUAACUGGACAUUUCCAAGGGUUGCUUAGUGAUGUAUUGUUGGCUUUGAUUAGUAUCAUUUCACUAACUAAGAUCAUCAAUAGAUUAUGAUGCAUAUUGGCUAUUCUUCGUGGCAACAUCGAUCUCUUUAAAGUAAGGGACUAACACGAACUUCUCGGAUUCGUAAUAAGUAUAUUUUCUUCGUCCAA